AAACGUUUGAUCACUCUCAAGAAAAGAAGAGAUGGACAAGACUGGGUUGAAACAGCAGGCUCUCUUCAUGCGAACUUCACUCCUUCAUGAGGGCUACCUUGACGAGCAAUUCAUUCAGCUAGAGGAAUUGGAAGACGACGUUAAUCCCAAUUUUGUGGAAGAAAUUGUGACCCUUUUCUACAGCGACUCUGUAAGGCUGAUCUACAACAUAGAACGCGCACUGAUCACUAAUCCACCCAAUUUCACCAAGCUAGACGAUUACAUGCAUCAAUUCAAGGGUAGUUGCUCAAGCAUUGGAGCAAAGAAGGUGAUGAAUGAAUGUACUAGAUUCAGUGAAUAUUGUGCAGCAGAAAACUUCGAGGGAUGCUUCAGGACUUUCCAACAAAUCAAUCUAGAGUAUACGACUUUGAAGAGGAAGCUCGAAACUUACCUUCAGGUAUCACUUUUAGUGUCAUUUUCAGUUAGCAAAGGAAAGCAGCUCAAAUUAGAUGGUAAUCACAUUGGGUGUUGGUAUCCUAUUAGAAAGGUCGUUCAAGCACACCAGAAUACUGGACCAAUUAGAUCGAGCACAGUGAUGUACUAUACAAUAAAAGAAUAA